CAAGACGACAAUUUUUGAAAAUGUGUUUUAAAAUAUUCUUAACUAUCUACUAUUUCUAAAAAAUAUAAUAUUUCUGUAAUUUAUUAAAUAAUUAUUGAAAAAAAUUAAAUUUUAAUGAAAUGUUAAUUUAUUCGCGCCAAAACGCAGUCACCGACGUUGACAUUUGCUGUGACGUCAAUCCUUAGCAAACUUGUAAACAUUAGAGUUGAGUAACAAAUAAAACAUAUUAAAUAUUAUUUUAAUAUGAAUUCUAAAGGAUAUAAGUGGUGUGCGGUCCCGCAGUGCACUAAUACGUCAAUAAAAACCCCUAACAAAGUGUUUAUUUACGUGCCAAACGAUAAAACGAUGCGAUAUAAGUGGCUAACUCUUGCACGGCGAGAUCCUAAAGCUGUUCGUCUUGAUACAUCUAUUUAUUUCUGCGAAGAUCAUUUUGACUUGCCACAUGAUAUGGAUAAUUAUAUGGAAUAUCACAUAAUGGGUUCUGUGUCGAAAAUUCGAAUGAAACCAGGGUGUAUACCCACUAAAUUUGAAUGCCAAGCAGAUAGAAGAAAACGAGCAUCUGAUAUGACCGAACGACCAUAUACUGUAAAAAAGCAAAGACAGGAAUUAAUUCAAGAUUCUAUAAAAGAUCUGGAAGAUAAAAGUAUUGUAAAUAAAGCUAUAGAGUUUGGAGAGACAUCAUCAAGUUCAGCUGUGCAUGGAAAUACAGAAAGUAUUACACAAGAGAAAAAUAAGUCUGCAAAUAAAUCCAUCCAAGUUUACAUCACACACAAAUUCAGGAGCAAAGCCGUUCAAACUCAAGUUAAUUUUGUAAACCAGAUGACAUCGCCAUUGAAACCGGAUCGCCAAUCUGUCUCUACAUCGCCAUUUAAGAUAACAAGAUACUCUUUUCUAAUCAAACCAACUGCAAGCACAUCAAACAUAAAUAAAUGUUCAAGAAAAAUGUUUGUCUCUGAAAACCGCUCUGAUAGUGAUAUUUCGUACACACCCUCCAUUACUCAUGGAGAAUCAUCACCAACUAUAUCUGUUCAAACAAAAUCAUGUUCAGAUUGCAGUGAGUUGAAACAAGAUGAUAAACAAAAAGAGUCAACUCAAAUGCUGCAAUGCACAAUACUUAAAAUUAACAGAAAUCCCCGUCUUUAUAUUGGUGUACCUAAAGACUGUUAUUAUUUAAUAGAUUUAAUUGAAAAAAAUACAAACAUUCCUCCAGUUCAUUUACUCAUGUGUUUGAAAAAGAUUAGGCUAAAUAACUCAUUCAAAGAGCUUGCAGAUGAUUUUUCCCUAACACCAGGUUAUGCUAGUAAGAUAUUUUUUAAAAAUAUUCCUUUGUUGGCUAGUGUAAUGCGUCCUUUCUUGGUAAAAUUAGAUAAAUUUAAAAUAAAAAAUAAUUUACCAAUGGCAUUUAGGCAUAAAUAUAAUCGAGUAAGUUGUAUCAUCGACUGUUUAGAGAUAGAAAUACAAAAGCCAUCAAAAGCUUUAAAUCAAUCUCUCUCCUGGUCGGAAUAUAAAAAAGCAAACACUAUCAAAUAUCUUGUGUCAUGCACCCCAAAUGGUCUGGUGAAUUACAUAUCACCUGGGUAUGGAGGAAGAGUAACAGACACAUGUCUAGUGGAAACAUGUGAUUUUUUUAAAUGUUUGGAACCAGGCAUGUGUGUAAUGGCUGAUAGAGGGUUUAACCUUUUGAACGCCAAUGUCGGCUAUAGCCGACAUGAGCAAGCGUGCCCUGUGCGCCAACGACGGCUAUACUCGACAAAAAACAGGUCGCAGAAAAAUACAAAAUAAACCUAUUAAAUCAUUACUUUUAUGUAUUUUUUAGUAGAUAUUAAGAUAAAGAUUUUCGGGCUUGGCGUACAGGGCAUAGGAAUACCGAUAUGGCGUGGCGGUGAAAAGGUUAAG